CCCUCGCCCAACACUCACCAAUAACUUUCACGUUAACGUACUACCAACUCAUACAACAUGGUUAAGGGAUCCGACGUCUGCCUUAUCAUCGUUGCCAUUAUCUUCCCCCCUGCCGCUGCGGCGUUCAUCACUGGAUGCAGCUGCGACCUUCUCAUCAACAUCUGCUUGACAAUCCUUGGAUACUUCCCCGGUCACAUCCACGCCUUCUGGCUCAUCUACAGGAAGAUGAAGGCGGAGGAACGCUAUGGUCGCGGUGCCUACCAAUACGUGGGCAACGGUGUCUAUGAGCCGCUCUACUCAGGACAACCAGUGGUAGCUCCUGCGGGUGCUGGGUACGGUGCUACUACGAUGUAAACAUGUCUCGGAGUAUAAGCAUGCCCGCGCCCAGGUCCGUUCUCCCUCCCCAAACCCAUUCUAUCAUACCUUGGACUUCUGUACCAACUUGUAUGUGUAAUGCAACGCUUCCCCUUUG